GUGAACCAAUUGAUUCACGCUUAAGCCUUGCGUUUUUUCCGACUUUACAAGGCUGCUAGGAAAAGUGGGGGAGUGACGACUUGUUCCUGGAAGAGCCAGCCUGCGGAGUCAGUCACAUUUUUGGCUGGGAUUCAAUGACUGAGCCAGACACACACAAACACAGAUAGGGGCUGCGAGGGAGAGAGAGGGGCGAGUGAGUGAGCAAGCGCAACCCAGCUCACAGACUAGCCAUCUCCAGUACACAGGCAUAUCGAACAGCAGGGGCAGACGGAGUGUAUGCGUGCGGCUAUACUGCAGUAUUCCACAGUUUAAAGGAGGUUCCACGCGGGUUAUUACUGUGUUUUAUACCAGAUACAUAGAGGGAGAAGGCUUUGCUUUAUCGGUCGAUACUUUUUCUGAAACUUCAAAAGCAUUAUUCAUUUUUGGAGGAGUUUCAGAGGGACGCGUUUUAGAUAUGGACUGUCAGGAGUGUACUGCAGGGGAAGACUCGCCCGUGUCACCAUUCGCUUAGUAGGCUUGUCAACGGAAUUGGAAACUCACUGCUCGGGACUUUUUUGUGGAUGUUUGAUGAAGCGCUUUCUGCACUUGGCUAAUUCUCGGAGACCUUGGAUUUACAAGGAACCGGAACCUAUCGUGGCUUUCAAUUGUUUUAGUUUGCCCCAGUUGAAAGGAACUCUCGCUUUCAAAGUCGUAGUGAAAACAUGGAGACUGUAACUCGACAAAGCUUCCAACCUCACCCAGGACUGCAACAAACUCUCAAGCAGUUUCAUCUGAGUUCUAUGAUCUCCCUCGGCGGACCGGCGGCGUUUUCUGCUCGAUGGCCACAUGACCUCCUGUUCAAGAAGGAUGGGAAAGAGCCCGAGCCCGUGCUGCAUCUUCCAAUGCAGCCGCCGACAGUGAUGCCGGGACCACUCUUCAUCCCCUCCGACCGCUCCACUGAGAGGUGCGAGACGGUCCUGGAGACCGAGACUGUCUCCUGUUUCGUGGUCGGCGGCGAGAAACGGCUGUGCCUGCCGCAGAUCCUCAACACCGUACUGCGGGAUUUCUCCCUUCAACAGAUCAACUCGGUGUGCGACGACCUCCACAUCUACUGCUCCAGGUGCACGGCAGAACAGCUGGAGAUCCUCAAAGUCAUGGGAAUUCUCCCCUUCUCGGCGCCUUCCUGCGGACUCAUCACCAAAACGGAUGCGGAGCGCCUGUGCAAUGCCCUGAUUUACGGAGGCACCUACCCGCCGCACUGCAAGAAAGAGUUCACGGGCUCACUGGAGCUGGAGUUCACGGAGAAAAGCCUCAAAAUAUACCACGAGUGUUUCGGAAAGUGCAAGGGUCUCUUCGUCCCGGAGCUGUACACCAGCCCCAACGCAGCCUGCAUCCAGUGCAUGUACUGCAGACUCAUGUACCCGACCCAUAAGUUCGUGGUGCACAGUCACAAAUCGUUGGAAAACAGGACUUGCCACUGGGGCUUCGACUCCGCCAACUGGAGGGCAUACAUCCUCUUGGACCAGGAUUACACAGGGAAAGAGGAGAAGGCGCGCCUGGAGCAGCAUUUGGACGAGAUUAAAGAGAAAUUUGAUUUCGCCAACAAAUAUAAGAGGAAAGCAUCCAGGGCGUCGGAUCCCAUUCCAGCCAAGAAGUCUAAACAUGAAGACUUCCCAUCGCUAACCCUGUCCGAGAAGCAACCGGAUUGGCUACGAUCCCUCUCGGCUUCGGCCAAUAAGGGGCUCAACUGCUUCCAGCCCAGACAGAGGCCCUCGGCUUUCAGGCCCUGGUCCCCUAACCUCUCAGCUGGGGACAAAGACAUGCCCAGCCGCCCUCUGGCUCUCCUGAGAGACAGUCUUUACAACUUCAAGACCAUGGAGAACGCUGUGUCCCCAAACGUGGCCCUCACACCCCCACCCCUGACAAAGGCAGGGCCCCUGUCACCGUCCGUGCCUAGCACCUCCCAGCCCAGUGCCGGCAAGGCCCCAGGAAAGGGGGCCAGCCCCAUAUCCAGGACCCGGAAGAGGAGGGCCACAGGGGAGCUCCCGCACCCAGGCCACGAGCCCCCCUGCUCCCCUUCGGCUGCAGCCAGCAAGCUCCCACCCCAGGAGGACAAGGACUCAGAAGUGGAGAUCGAGGUGGAGAGCCGAGAGGAAUUCACAUCGUCCCUGUCCUCCCUCUCCUCCCCAACCUUCACCUCCUCCAGCUCUGCCAAGGACAUAAGCUCGCCCGGCGCCCAGGUCCCAGUGUGUACGGUGACGUCGGCGGUGUUGAUCCCCGAGGACGGCCCUCUCGCUGGGGUAGCAGCAGCAGCAAUGGCGGUGGUGUUGGCCCCUGAGGGCCCCGGGCCGGGGGGUCUGGAAUCAGAGUUGGAGAUCCUGAGGCAGGCGCUGGACAGCGGGCUGGACUCCAAGGAGUCUAAGGAGAAGUUUCUGCAUGAGAUCGUCAAGAUGAGGGUGAAACAGGAGGAGAAGCUGGGCUCAGCCCUGCAGGCCAAACGCAGCCUCCAACAGGAGUUGGAGUUCCUGCGAUUGGCUAAGAAAGAGAAGCUCAGGGAGGCCACGGAGGCCAAGCGGAACCUGAGGAAGGAGAUUGAGCGCCUUCGUGCCGAGAGCGAGAAAAAGAUAAAGGAGGCAAACGAGUCGCGCGUGCAUCUGAAGAGGGAGCUGGAGCAUGCCCGGCAGCUCAGAGUGUGUGACAAGGGCUGCGAGGCAGGUCGCCUGCGCGCCAAGUACUCCACACAGAUCGAGGACCUGCAGAUGAAGCUCCAGCAUGCCGAGGCGGACCGCGAGCAGCUCCGGGCAGACCUACUGCAGGAGCGGGAGGCCAGGGAACACCUGGAGAGAGUGGUCAAGGAGCUGCAGCGGCAGCUGUGGCCCAAGGAGCAGAACACGCCUACCAAGGACAACCCCGUCAACAACUAACCCUUCCCAUGAACAACUCCGCGCCAAUCCCCCACUAUCAGCACCCAAAAUAAAACUACGCCUGAGACCACCGACACAGAAUAGAGAAAAGUAGAAAUAUCAAACCUCUAUGUGUGCGUGUAUCCAUCCUCACACAAAUUGUAUGAGUGCUUGGAUGCAUCCUUGGAGAGAGAAACAAAGGAAAUCAAACUUGGUAUUUGUACAUGUACCAAGUUGUUACUAGUUGUUGUAUUUGUACAUGUACCAAGUUGUUACUAGUUGUUGGUAUUUGUACAUGUACCAAGUUGUUACUAGUUGUUGGUAUUUGUGCAUGUACCAAGUUGUUACUAGUUGUUGGUAUUUGUACAUGUACCAAGUUGUUACUAGUUGUUGGUAUUUGUACAUGUACCAAGUUGUUACUAGUUGUUGGUAUUUGUACAUGUACCAAGUUGUUACUAGUUGUUGUAUUUGUACAUGUACCAAGUUGUUACUAGUUGUUGGUAUUUGUACAUGUACCAAGUUGUUACUAGUUGUUGGUAUUUGUACAUGUACCAAGUUGUUACUAGUUAUUGGUAUUUGUACAUGUACCAAGUUGUUACUAGUUGUUGGUAUUUGUACAUGUACCAAGUUGUUACUAGUUGUUGGUAUUUGUACAUGUACCAAGUUGUUACUAGUUAUUGGUAUUUGUACAUGUACCAAGUUGUUACUAGUUGUUGGUAUUUGUACAUGUACCAAGUUGUUACUAGUUAUUGGUAUUUGUACAUGGACCAAGUUGUUACUAGUUGUUGGUAUUUGUACAUGUACCAAGUUGUUACUAGGACAAGCACUGAAACGCACCUCUCCUCCACAAACUGAAAAUUGGAUCGGUAGAAAAAAAUAUAUAUAUAUUUAGCACAACAUUUUGUUGAGCCUGUAUUUUCUGAGACAGAAACUGGUGAACAUUUUGGAUAAAAACUUUUCUAUGAUAAAAAAAAAGAUAAUAAUACAAUAAUUUUACAACUGGCCUGUUUAGAGACAAAAUGGAGGGCUGUCAAAAUGGCAGAGGAGCCAGGAAGUAGGACUGGACUCCUCAGGCGUGCCCCAGCAGGGUUUCUGCUUCGUUUCCCGUGAAGAAGUUGGAGAAUUUCAUGACCUUAUAAGCUAUUUAAGAGACUGCAUAACGAUAUGUAAAAAAAAUGUACGAAAACAUUUUCUUUGCUUCUUUGUGCUAUAAGAGCUUGGAGACAAAAAAAUAUGGAUUUACAAAAAAUAUGAAUAGACAGCAAGCAAGACAAACUACCACCAGUGCCAUCAUGGUUAGUCGGUGUGUAGAGGAGGCCAUUCUGAUCCAUUGAGGAAAAGUAUAACGCUUGUCUACUAUUCCAUUAAUACAUCAUGAAGUUUACUAUGGAAGGGGUCAGAGGAUUGCAUUGGACUAGAUGUUUUCUCUCUUUGACACAGGUGCUGUAUCUGUGUGUUCUGGCACACCUCUUAGAGUGAGCAUUUCAUUUAGAUAUUAACAACAAGAGAUGUUCGUUCACACAAGCACACCGAAACAGCAUACACACUUGUCUUCAUUAUGUGUUUGUGAACAUUCGGGUUAAAACCCAAAAGUCUUAUCUUAUAAAGAUAAACUUUGUGAUCAUUUUGUAUCUGGGUGCAAUCUGAAGCCCAGAUUUGUACACAGGACUUCUGCUGGGUUUCCCCCUGGGACUGUUGGUUAAAACUAGCUGAACCCGGCUUUACUGCUUUCCAUUUGAUUAGCGAGAGUUGGCAUGACUUGCUCAAAUGAAGAUCGAAAAUAAAAUUUUUGAAUACUAUGAUUUUAGGGCUGGAAGUGGCGCCUUUAGCCAGAACCACAACAUUUUAUUUUUUAAUUAAAUGAUGGUAUGUAAAUAUAUAUAUAUAUAUAUAUAUGUGUUUUUUUUUUGUUUGUUUUUUACAAUAAUGAAUCGCACUUUGUCAUUUCAAAAUACUGUUAUAAUGCCUUAUACUCCCAUUAUUGUCUUCAAUCUUACAUUGGAGAGGAUAUAUCCAUGACAACAACAAUACAAAUACAAGUGAGCAUUUUGUUACUAUAUGCAACUCAUUUAAAUGCAAUGUAAUCAUGUGUUUAAGACUAAAUGUUGUAAAUAAAAAGAGAGAAAAGGGGUCUACAUGCUUGCUUGCUGAUACAGUUUGGGCUGUUGGAAAAAUGUAAUUCCAAUCUUUUUUGGCACUAAUCAUACCAUUUUUGUUGUCAAUUAACAAUUAAAGACAGUGGGAUGUAGGGUUGCAAAAGAGAAAAUGGCAUGGGCGCCCAACUCUCCUAAAAUGUUGGUAUUUAUUAAUACGACAAGGAUUCAUCCACGUUCCAAGGUGUGAAACACACUUUUAGACCAUUCAUGGGAAGGCAGUGAUUAUGACAGUCUGAAGACACAUUGCUCAUAUAUUUACCAGAAAAAAGAACACAAAGAGGAUUAAUAAAAAAUACAUUUUAUAAUGCUCCAGUUCAGAAUGGGAACAAUGCAAAUUACAAUGUACAUUGUGUUUAUGCUUUUUUCCUUUGGUUGUUGAUGUUUGUUGUUUUAAAUGUGGGAUAUUUUUAUGGCUUGUUUCUUAUGUUCCUUUUUUUCCAAUAGAAAACUCAUAUUUUCAAUUCAUAUGCAUGACAUUUGAGAAGGUUUGCCAUGCAUAUAGUCAUUAUUGGGCAUUGAUACUGUACAUGUAAGGAUUGUAUUGUG